UCCCGGAAGUAGAUGUGUCAUUGACGGAAGCAAAAUAGUGGGACAGAGCGCAUGGUGCAAUACAGAAUGUCUGCUUCAAUUUAACGAUAUUUUUCCUUCGCUGCGAAUUAGAACUAUCUGGAAUAUCAUUUACAAUUUAAAAGAGAAACCAAGACAGAGGGAAAAUGUCGGACAAUGAGGAUAAUUUCGAUGACGGAGAUUUCGACGAUGUUGAAGAAGAUGAAGGACUGGAUGACUUGGAAAACGUGGAAGACGAAGACCAGGAGAAUGUGCAGAUCCUGCCGGCAGGGGAAGGACAGCAGCCCAACCAGAAGAGAAUCACCACCCCCUACAUGACCAAAUACGAGAGAGCCAGGGUCCUGGGGACCCGCGCUCUGCAAAUAGCAAUGUGUGCCCCAGUUAUGGUGGAGUUGGAAGGAGAGACGGACCCUCUGCAAAUUGCCAUGAAGGAACUCAAGAGCAGAAAGAUCCCCAUCAUCAUCAGAAGGUACCUGCCAGACGGGAGUUAUGAGGACUGGGGCUGUGACGAGCUCAUUAUCACUGACUGAACAAGUCCCUCCUGAACUGGACCGCCACAGAAACAGAAGCCUGCCACAGAUGACAUCAAGCUGAACCAUAAUCAAACCGCUGUACUGGAUGUCUAACUGGAGAGACCUGGCUGUCUAACUCAAAUGCUCAUAUCCGUGUAACAAACCACUGAAGAAUAGUCCCAUUUAUACACAUAGGCAGAGAGUUGGAUGUCAGUACUGCGGUCUUCUCUAGUGCAUGACACCUGUGUCAGGCAGUCCUUUUGUAGAGCAUUUAGUUGUUAUUACAGGAACUGUCCACAAGAGGGUCUUGUAAUCCUGGGAAGAAAAUAUACCCUGCACCUCAAUGAACUAAAUUUAAUGUGCACACCAGGACUGUUUAGUUUAUGAGCAGGUUUGAAAUACUGUGCUAGUUUGACUCUUUUGUUGUUGUGUUCAUUUGAUUGAGCAUUUUUAUAAGAUACAUUUUUGUUUUUAUUUUAAUUCAAUCCUAAAAUUGAGGCUGAUGUUUUCUCAUGAAAACAUCUAAGGCCCUUUUUUAUGCACAUUUAAAAUUUACCAGGUCUAUACACUGUACAUUUUUCAUAACUCAGAAUCACUUUUAAAAUUGGUUCAAAACCAUAUGUGUAUAAACCAUAAUGUGUUCGAUAAUGAAAAAUAAACAGCUUUGGGCAUUCCUAAAAAUAA